ACGUGUCCAGAGUCCAGCUGUAUAUUCCAGCGUCACAGAUAUUGCGAAGACGACGCGCCAAUUUCGACAUUUCAGUUCUUUAUCAAUAACAAGAACAAAUUAAAAAAUUUACAAAAUGCGUUCGCAAGUUUUUUGUUUUUGUGUGGCGCUUCUGCUCAUUGUUUGCAUUCUUUAAUUGUUGCAAAUGCAGCAAGAUAUCGGCGCACAUGAAUCCAGUAGAAGUUCCAAACCCCCCGCAUGAGUUGAAGUCGUUUAAAAGUGAAAAUAAAUCCCUAAAAAUAUCCACUAAAAUGUAAUUUUCAAAUAAAGACCGUUAAAUAACUAGUGCGUAGUUGUCCACACCUCCCUUAAAGUAUCGUGGUGAAUUUAAAAUUUAAACCUUCCACCCCGCAAAGUAGACUCCAUUCUAACCGUUACUACCUUUUCGUGUUCUGUUCUGUGAGUGCUUCCAUGAAGAUGAAUGCAAAAGAUGCUGACAGCAGUGAGGAGUCGCCUUGGCAGACUAAAGAGUCUCAAAAGCAAUUGACUAGGUUGGAGUAUGCCGUUAUAUGUUUUAUGGUGGUUCUCGCAUUAACCUCCAUUAUUUGGAGCGUUACCAUACAUAUAAUUUCCGGUGAUUUUUAUCAUGGCAUUCUCGGCGCCAAAUUGGCAUUCCGUGAGCGAGAUUUUCGACAAAUGGAUGAGCAUUCCAAAGAGAUUUUCUACCACGACUUGGACAAAUUGAUAAAUGAAACAUACACCGAAAUUGAUGUGGAUGAUCAGGUUGAGGAUGGCGAAACCACGCUGACGCCUUUGGAAUCUAAUGCCACCACCAAGCAACCCAAGGUGCGUAAAACCUAUCACAUUUUUCAAUUGGUACGACCCGACAAAGAGGAAAAUAAAUCCGAAGAGGACGUGGUGUCGGAGGAGGUCAGCACUACGGCGCUGCCAGCUGUGAAAUUCAAUAUGACGCAUGAUCGCCAGUUUUUGGCAACAAUGAUGCUGGACGUACACAAAACACGCUGGCGCCAAAGCGCCGCCGUUCAAUUCAUUUAUAGUUUUCCAUUUUUGUCGGAAAUCUUUGCGAUAAUAUGGACUGCAAUGUGUUUAAUAUUUCAAUCGGGCGUGCAAAAAUAUUGGGGACUUCCGAAACCGUGGCGUAUUGUCAUACCCUCCAUACUGGUAUUCUCCCUCAUGACGCUGGGUACGCUGAUCUACACAAUUUUGGCCAGCACCUAUUUAAAGAAUCUCUGCAAUGGACUGCGUGAAAAUUUGACAAAGCCCGAAGCGAUUACCUGCGGUCAAGCCAUCUCCGUGCUGCGUCCCUUCAUCCGACAACACGAAUUCAAACACGAUGUCUACUUGAAUCUCUUCCGCUUCGCCUACAUGUUCGCUUUGGUCUUGUGGCUGCUGGCGCUGCUGCUGAUGUUGGUGCGCUACUUCUUCGCAAUCGAUUUCCAACUGUUGGAUGUACAAUCAUUGUACGAUAACAAAUUGGCGCGUCGCUUAAGCCGUCCGGAACCGGAGUUUACAGAGGUGCUCUUGGACACAGCGCAGUCUCCCACUCUGCUACUGCCACGUCACGAUCGCAACAAGUCGGAGGAUGAUUUUCAAAGUGCCAAGUCGAAUUUGAGUGAAGUGGCAAUGCCGUUAAUCGACACCGGCAAGCCACGUUCAGUGCUGGUGCAGUAUGCGCCAACGCAGCAACGCGUGGUUUAGUUUAGACAGCACUUGACACUGUUAAGUAGAGGCUUAACCAAAUCUAAGUAUGUACAGGCGACAAGGUGGGAGGCGCGUUUAAUUUUGCGGAGAAGCGUUUCAAAACGGUUUUACCUCAGGAAUCUUUUUUAUUUAAAAACUGCACAAUUUCUCUCUCCAAGUUUUUGCUGCCGCUGUUUUAUAUUUACAAGACAUGCUCGUAUGUAUAUAUAUGUAUAUGUGCGUGUAUGCGAGCAUCACAAGCAUUCUUUAAAGCCGACUUCGGCUCUACUGUGCAGUUGAAUGAUAUUAUUUUAAUAAAUAAAUAAAAAUAUGCAAUUCAAGUAUUCAGACAACCGUCGCGGCUAAGCAACAACAACAUACCUACGAUAUGGCCGAACCUCUGUAAUACCUGGUAAAUACCUUAACGCAUUAUUUUAUC